AUGGGUCGAAUGGAAAAAUCUGUCAGUGCCCAUAAAGGAGCUGCACUUAUGGUUCGAUGGAGCGCUGACGGCACUGGACUGCUGAGCUGUGGAGAGGAUGGUACUGUGAAAUUGUGGUCUCGGAAUGGAAUGCUUCGUUCAGUUAUCGCGCAGAUGCCACAUCCUGUACAUUGCUGCUCAUUCGACUCCACUUCCAACUACGUUGUUUUUCCCAAUUAUGAUCAUUGUUACAUAAGGUCCUUGAAGUCUCAGGCGGCUCCACUGAAAUGGAAGGCACACGAUGGUCUUGUGUUAUGCUGCGAUUGGUCCAAAGCGGCUGAGUAUAUCGUUACUGGAGGGGAAGAUUGCAAAUUCAAA